AUGGAAUUAAGAAGACGGCUAGAAAUAGUCCACAAAUAUUUAAAAGUUAAGCGCUAUAUUUCAAGGAACUCAAUUAAAAUGGCUUUAGAAAUUAACAGCGAAAUUUGACAGGUAGCAAAAUCGACAAAUUCCAUUUUCGAUCACACAUUACUAACAAAAUUGGCUACAAAUUUUAAUUUUAUGUUGUACUCAUUCUAUUGGAUUAGUUCACAACCGGCAAUUGAAAACGAAAUAUCACCUGCAAUAUGGUGCAAUGUCUUCUAUUGGAUCGGCACAAAUUUCAUUGAAAUUUGUUUAAUAAUACAUUACUUUGUGACAUUUUACGAAGAGGCCAAAAAGACCGUUCAUAUAGUGGAAGAUUUAAAACGCCUCAUUAGUGUUCGUAAUUCAGAGUGUUUGCAGGUAGAGCUGCUUUCGAUCCAAGUUUACACGAAUGAUUUCAAAUUUAGUAUUUAUGGUUGUUUUCUGUUGGAUUGGAGGUUAUUGCAUUCCAUGGCUUCCAGUAUUGCUACAUAUUUAGUCAUAUUUCAUCAAUUUCACAUGAUGGAGACAAUCAAGCUACAACCACGUACCUCACCUUCUAAUGACUAAAUAGGAUCCUAUGGCGUACACAAAAACAGUUAAGUUUCAAACAUACUGGCGUGUUGUUAUUUUUAUCACUGUUGGCGUUGAAAACUAAUAGAUGGUAUAGUAUUUGCAAAAUACACUAACUUAGUGAUUUUUCGAACAAUUUAUACAUUUUAAAAAAUCCAUAUCUAUAAAUAUUGCUGUGAUACCAAACAUAAUUUCAC